CAAACCCUUCUCUCUUUUUUCUUCUUUCUCAUUUUCUUCCUCUAUAUGGCCUCAGCGUGCAGCAAGGACUGUAUAAACGACGUCGUUUCCUGCAGGAUCCAGUCAACAACCUACGUGAGCCUCCACCGAUGGCCGGAGUCCGAGGCUGAGUUCAUCAUGAGAUCUGUCACCGGAAACCUAGCCGCCGAAGUAAGAAAGGCUGGCAGUGGGGACACCAGGGCCGCCGGCGACCGUCAACCUAGGGUGGUGGAUUGCAUAUCGUGCCGGCAAAUAUACCUGCGAAGCUACAGGUUCUCGAGAAAAGAGACUGUUCAGGAGAAGACGAAGAGGUGUCUGGAAAAAGUUAAGGAGAGGGCCCGGCUGAUGACGAAGAGCAGGCCAUUAAUGGCGACGUCAAAGGUGGUGAUGGCGAAGGGUAGAAAUAGUUGCAGAGGAGAGAAGGUUAGGAACGGUAAGUGCUGUGAUAGUAUGAGGAAGAUGAGGAAGAAGAUGAAGGAGUGUUUUAUCAGGCUGUUAUCUUGUACUGCUCAGGUUGAUGUGGCUGAUGAUCAUCAUGAUAAUAAUCACAAGGGUUAGACAUUAAUUUUUCUAAAUUAACAGUUUAUUCUAAUUAUAAGGUGAUAGUUUUUUGUAUUUUUAUGGUUCUAUAUACAUAUAUUUUCUAGUUUUGUUUUUCGUUUUCUAUGCGGGAGAUAUA